AUGGAUAUCGUGACGGCGGACGUGGCUUCCGACGCGAAACAAGGGCGACAUGCGUCCGGCAGCAGCGAAAACUCCUACCCAGAGACUCCAUGCGUCGUGGAACCCGUCGCCUCUGUCCCCGUUUGUCUCGAAUCGAAUGGAUCUCAUCAAGACGACAUGAGUGGCACCCGAAGGAUCUCUAAUCCCACGGUGAUUCCCUCGACUUCAUCUUCAUCCGCCCACGACCUUGGACAUUGCACGACCUUGGACAUUGCACGACCGUUUGGCUGGGCGGUUUCAUACACUGGGAAGGGUACAAGCACGCAGACUUCAGGACGUACCAGAAAGAGAUUACCAGGGAUCAUGGCGGUAGUUGGACGCGCUUCCGCGAGUAGGGACAACCUGGGCGAAUGCCCACCAGGAGUGUCGAAGGAGUGCGAGUUCACUUCGUGCAGUUACUCAAACGAGUAUGGAGCCACUCAGCAGCGGUAUGUGACCAGCCAGUGGAUGUUGCUGCUUGUGUCGCGCCACUUCGUGACAUGUGGCGGCGGCUAUGAUCAAAAGUUCUUGGGCAAGGCUGGACAAUUGCAGGCAUACGGUACGGAACAUGACCAGACGAUGCCGAACCCAGUUCUUCCUUCGCACCUCAAGGGCGCAGUAUGCCGCCAACCUUUUCAUCUAGGGCAAGGUAUGCCGACACCCGACCGUCUCGGUCUCCAAGUCAGACGGCUACGGCACUGUCUUCGGCAUCAGCUCCUCACACAACUUACGCAAGACCAGAAACAGGCAAUUGGUCAACCCGAUGAAACGGAUAGCUUGCGAGCAGCACGGCAUGACGCCCAAGCCCAGCUACGUUUGAUACUCUGA